AUGGUCAACUUCUCCCAGAAUAAGGAGGAACAAGACCCUCGAGCUGCAGCAUCAGUAGAUGACUUCGACAUGCAGGACCAGGACCUGAACGUGUUCCUGUACACGGGUGACGGGAAGUUCGAGGGCCCGCCAUUAAAUGACAAGCAGGUGCUCGAAGCUUCCUUCUUCGGUGCCUCCUACGUGGCGGUACCCCUACAGGAGGCCAGGAGCUCAACAGAGAUCAGUCUACGCCUUAAAACACACCGAGCUGAUGCACUCCUGCUUCUGGCUGCGGGCAACACCGAUUACUGUCUGGUGGUGCUGGAAGGAGGAGCUCUUAGGGUGCGCAUCAACCUGGGGGCGGGCGAGUCGGAGUUGUCAUCACCGCCUCGCUUACGGCUCGAUGAUCUCUUCUGGCACGAAGUCAAGAUCACCCGCAACACCGCCGAGAUGACCCUCAGCAUUGACAAUAUCCAUACCACAAGCAUCACCUUGCCUGGGAGGUUCCACGAGCUCAACAUCCACUACGGUGUGUUCCUAGGAGGUAUGGGGGACUUUACCGAGGUAUUUCUUGGCCUCCUCGACGACUUCCGCGGCUGUAUGGACCAGGUAAUGUACAACGGGCUUGAGAUCCUCCGGGAGGUGCAGGAGGACCCCACGUCGUCUGAGGUGUACGGCCUGGAGUGGGAAUGUUCUGAAGAGUUUGAUGCCUCCUCAGACGUGGCCAUCAGCUUUAUCAAACCAGGAGCAUACGUGGCCUUCCAGGACUCAUACCCUAGGACUGGAGGAUCAAUUAAAAUGGAGAUUAAGACACAGUCACAACACGCCCUCCUGCUCUACAACACUGGCCCUCCCUCUAGAUCAGAUUUUAUCGCACUAGAGAUCUACGAGGGGCACCUGAGGCUCAUCCUCGAUAAGGGCAACGGAGCUGUGGGCCUCAACAGCUCCAUCAAUAUUAGCGAUGGCGUUUGGCACAAGGUGGAGGCGCACUUCAAGCCCACCUACAUGGAGCUGAACGUAGACGACCACAUAGAGGAUCAACCAACCCAUGUCGGAGAGAAGAAGUUUUUUGACCUCUCGGGUUACCUCUUCAUCGGUGGGGUCGAGGUUAAUAAACAAGCCAGAGCGGUCAAUCAGGGGGCAAAAAAUGGUGACAAAAGCCUUGAGGGGUGUAUCCAGAACGUGAGUGUCGGGGAGACGAGCCUGAGUAUUCGCGACGCCCAAGUAACGCAGGGCAUCAAGGCUGAGUGCCACUGGGCGUACCCAUGUCUCAAGAACCCCUGUGUGGACGGCAGCCGCUGCCUGCAGGAGGGGCCUCUCUGUGUCCGUCAGGGGAACUUCACCACCGCCUACAAAGUCUUCACCAAGACCACACUGCCCUUUGAUCUUGAGGUGCUGAGUUUAACGCCUAUGGAAGUACAGGAGGGAGGACAGGCGCUCGUCACCGCUGACCACCUACGUCUCGUGCUAGACUAUGAGAAAUAUGGUGUGCGGGAGUCUGGUGUGUUGUUCCACGUGAUCACUCGUCCCUCACGUGGUCGCCUCGAUGUGCACAUCUGGAGGCGACCUGAGGACACUAUCUUCACCCUGCUUGAUCUGAACAACGACCGGGUGACUUAUAUUCAUGAUGGCUCCGAGACCACCGAGGACUCUAUUGUCCUCGAACUGGAGUUGGUGACCCGCACUGGGUACAUCCUUCCCUCUUACCUUCAGUCACGUCACCGUUUCGUAUUACCUGUGCGAGUCAUUGCCCAAAACGACCCACCUUCACUGCAGCUGCCCCCAGGAAAGGUAAUCAGACUGGCUGCCGGUACCACCAAGACUCUUACACCUGAUAUCAUCAAUAUUAUCGACAGUGACAGUCCCUCUAACAAACUCAGAAUAACUGUGCUUAACCUGAAGGAUCGUGAGAAUGGUUACAUCCAGAACUCUCAGUCUCCUGGUGUACCCAUCCACUCUUUCACCCAGGACCAACUCGACAGAGGUGUCAUUUCAUAUGUUCAUCAUGGUGAACCCAACACCAAGAUUGCCCUUAAGGUAUCGGACAGCAUUGAAACUGGAGAGCCGACCAUCCUGAGAGUUGCUGCCUUUGAUUUGCAGGUGUACUUGGUCAACAACACAGGGCUGAGUAUUACACAUGGCAGCUGGGCACUGAUAACAACCAUGAAUCUUUCUUAUACCACAAAUGCUCCAGAACAGGACCUUGAAAUCCAGUUCGACAUCACGGGUUUGCCUCGUUAUGGUGCCAUCCAAAGAUUACGCAGCAAUGACCGCUGGCAGAAUGUGAACCAGUUUAGCAGUCGACACCUGGAGAAGGACAAGAUCCGCUACAAACACAUUUCCAAAGAACCAAAAGAAGAUGAGUUUAGAUUUAAGAUAUAUACUGGUCAGCAUAAAUUUACGACGGAGUAUACAUUUGGGAUUUCUUUUGUAUCUGUCACAGUUGAUGUCAUCAGGAAUGCAGAAUUGCUUAUAGAUAGAAUCCAGGAAAGUUUCAUAUCUGAAGGUUUUCUACAAAGUGAGACCAGGCCAGACCCAACCCCUAGCAAAAAUAUAAUGUAUAAGAUAAAAACGCCUCCAUUGUAUGGUUCUAUCUUCUUAAGUUCAGGAGACUUAACGCAGCAUAAACAGUUGGAGAAAGGUUCCACUUUCAGCCAGGAAGAUAUAUCCAAAGGUAGAAUUAAGUACAAGCUUCAUCGUAAGAGCUAUUCAAAUCUCCAGGACUCCUUUCAAUUUCAAGUUUCCAGUAACGGCCACUCCAGCAGUGUUCACUCUUUCAGUAUAAGACACACACCACCUCCAGUUGAUGCCAAUCUCGUAGUGGAACGUUUAGAUGUCCAGGAAGGUUCUAAAGAAAAAAUUACUGAAAAGUAUUUGAACAUAGAUGUUCGAGAAAUCAAAGAUAUUGUUUUUAAUGUUACAAUGUCCCCCAAGCAUGGCUCACUUAACGUAAUCGAUGAGUCAAUGAUUCUCCCAGACAGAAUAAACACGACAUUUUUUACCUCCCAGGAAAUAAAAUCUGGAUCAUUAUUUUACCAACAUGAUGAUUCAGAAACAACAAACGAUCGUUUCCAAUUUGUAGCUUUGGCUGAAGAUCCAGAAGUUGACUUCCAGUACGUAGGUACUAUGCACUUCCGGAUUAACAUGAUUAAUGAUAACCAUCCUGUCAGGGUUAUGGAGAAGGUACUUAAUGUCGUUACUCAAAGUGAAAGAGUAGUAACUUCCAAUGAUCUGUUAUAUAUUGACCCAGACAUCGAUACUCCACCAACACAAAUCCAGUACACAAGGCGAAAAAUUUCAAAUGGAGACUUCUUUCAUGUGGAGGACAGAUCUGAACCUGUGUACUUAUUUACGCAAGAAGAUAUUGACCAAAGACGAAUUGUGUUUCGUCACAAUGGUCCAUCUUACAGUAAAGCUGUAAUUUCCGUCACAGAUGGACAUUUAUCCUCCACGAGUAUUCUGGAAAUUGUUGCCUCUGAACCCUUCAUUGAAAUUGUUAAUAACAGUGGCAUAAUUGUCCCUCGAGGCCAGGAAGCCAUCAUAUCCAGCUAUAAUCUUAGCGUGGAGACCAACAUGAAUGCCUGGGGAACAGCUAUCAUCUUCCAUGUUGCCAGUCCACCUCGCUAUGGCCACUUGGUGAUGCAGGGCCAGGAUGGCGCCAAGCAUCAGUUCUCAGAGGCCGAUCUCCAAAGUGGAAACUUAAAAUAUGUUAAUAAAGGAGAUCCAAGUUUCAGGGACGAGUUUCGCUUCCAGGCGAGGAUCGGUGAUACAACAACAGAUGGGAUCUUUGAAGUGAAGGUGUACCCGGAGAGCUACUGGGAGCCUCUAGUGGUGCUGAACAACGCCACAGUCAAGGUAGAGGAAGGCUCGAGAGUCACCAUUGACCAGGCUGCCCUCAAGAUCAUGCAUCCCAACAUAGCUCCAUCAGAUAUUACAUACGUCAUCGUCCAACGCCCUCAGAAUGGCUACCUGGAGGUCGACCUUGGACAAACUACUACUUCCGAGUACGAGGACGAUGCUAGUCGCCUCAGACCUGAGGUAAGCGUUUUCGACCAGGCGCUCAUCAAUGAGGGUCGAGUCCAGUAUGUAGAGGUGGGCACCAACGUCACAAAUGAUCAUUUCGUCUUCGAUGUUACCAACGGCAUCUCCAGUCUCUCCCACCUCAUCUUUACUAUACAGGUAAUCCCUAAGACAAUUUACCUGUCGACUGGGUUGCUGGAGGUGGACGAGGGAUCGCAGACGAUAGUGACCGCCUCCGUAGUGACGGUGUUGACUGAAUAUUACACGGACAAAAUUGCCCAAUACCUUGUGGCGGUUCAGCCGGUGACAGGGCAGCUGGAGCUAUCAACCAGACCCCGUCAGAGGGUGGAGGCGUUCACACCAUUGCAGUUGGAGCAGGGGCUUAUAUCGUACGUGCACGACGGAUCUGAGCGCCUGCAAGAUGCCUUCAGUCUGGUGGCAGUAUCUGGGGUACGUCAGAGCUCCCCGGCCCAAGUCAAUGUCUCUGUGCAUGGACUCAACGAUGAGGCGCCCUUCGUCAUCAAUAACACCGGCCUCACUAUUUGGGAGGGCAGCACCAUCAGCAUCUCCUCCUCCAACCUGGCUGUAGUGGACCCUGACACUUCCCCAGCAAAUUUAAGUAUCACUGUGGCCACUCCAGACUCUGGGUUCCUGGCCCUCUCACCCAACCUCACCCAUCCAGUAUCAUCCUUCUCCCAGACAGAUGUGAAUGAUGGCCGUAUCUUUUUCGUCCAUACAGGUGGUUUGUCUGGGAUGUUCCGAUGGGAGGCAAGUGAUCAAGUGCACGAGACGGGGUCACACGUGUUCACCAUUACAGCAAAGGAGCUUCAUCUGUCUUUGCGCCACAACAAGGAAUUAUGGGUGUUUCCCAUGAUGCAGCAACCUAUCACCCCUGCCGUUUUACUCACUCUGACUAAUGACCAUGAUCCUCACCACUCAGUACUCUACAUUGUACGUAAACCUCCAUCACUAGGCCAGUUGCUUCUAGAGGAGACAGGAGGAGUCCGAAUACCUGUAGAAAACUUCACUCAGCGGCACAUAAAUGAAUCGCGUGUCUUAUAUGAGCACACCAGACCAUUUGCAGAACUUUCUGCCAGCGAAAUGUUCAUGUUUGAUGUGGAGACGCCAUUUGCUGAGCCACUCAAGAACCAGGAAUUCCAUGUGGAAGUGUCUGUGGCUAGUCCUGGAGGGGGUGGUCUGGAACGGUACCUAGGGCUGGCACCACUAGUGGUGGCCGAGGGAGGUCAGGCCACUGUGCGCCCUGAUAACCUAAAUCUCUCUGCUGUGUUGGAGUUUAUCGAGGGUUAUCCUGGCGCCGGCAGUAUCGAUCGGCCCUCACCAAAACUUGUGACUACUGUGACCAAUGUCCCAACUCAUGGGGUGUUGACACUGCGCAAGAGAAACCUGACGGAAGGUUAUACCUUCACAGCCCGUGAUAUUGAGAGAGGUCGUGUACAAUACGACCAUGACCAUAGUGACACUCUGUCAGAUUCUUUAGGAUUUACAGUUGCCUUGGCUGGUAAUGGAUCCUCACCUGAUGUGCUCUUGUUCAAUGGUUCCCUAAACGUUAGUGUAACUCCGGUUAAUGAUCAGCCAUUCAAGUUGGUAACAGAGGGACCUGUCCUGCAAGUCGUGCACCGGCAAAAUGCAGUCAUCACAAACGACAGCCUUUUGACCACUGACCCUGAUAACAUGCCACAUGAAAUAAUAUAUGAGUUGAUGAGUGCACCUGACCAUGGACGCCUCAUCCUAGCAGACAAUUACAGUGUAGCUGUUCAGUCAUUCUCCCAGCUUGAUGUAAAUGCAGGCCGCAUUUUGUAUGCCCAUGAUGGUACCAACGGUUCAGCCAGAUUCUACUUCAAAGUGUCUGAUGGAAAGCACAUGCCCAAAUAUACAGUAUUUACAAUUGAGAUUGAGCCUCUGACACUUGAAUUAGUUAAUCACACCGUUAUCCCUCUACACCAGGCUACUACAGUUGCCUAUCUAUCACCACAACACCUUGCUGCCAUAACUAAUGGUAACAAAAACCAUAUUUUUUACAAUAUAACUAGAUCGCCCAGGUUUGGUAAAUUAUACAUGAAUGAUCAAGUGGUACACACUUUUGGACAGGUGAAUGUAGAUAAAGGUGAUGUACUUUAUAUGCAGAUGAAGCUGAGUGAACCCGCUGAUAAUUUCCGGGUAGAUAUUUGGACAUGGGAAGCUUCAGUGCAAGAUGUGGAGGUUCGUGUAGUAGUUUUACCAUUGGUGGAUUCUAAACCAUUAACAGCAGCAGUGGGUGGUCGCACACGCCUAUCCCUGGAACACCUUGAUGCUUCAGAGCUUGCCAUGACCACAGGAAGUAACCCAGUAUACAAGGUCAAGAGACGACCUCGUUUCGGUAGAAUUAAGAAGGUGAGCCGACGAAUGCGGAGAUCAGGUCGCUCACAUGAAGUGCAUCAAUUUACUCAUGAAGAGAUUAGGGCAGGUUUAAUAUAUUAUGUCGCCAGAAAUCUCAAUUUAAAAGCUGAUGAACCUUUGCACGAUGCACUUCAUUAUGUGCUUCAGGUGCCUGCACCUGGGGUCCAACCUGCUGAAGGCACCUUGCAUCUCACAUUGGUAGAGGCUGGCACAGUUUUGGAUAAGGGUGCCGAACCUCCGAGGCAUCUGCGACCAGACCUCCAUCCAACUUCUAUCCGUGGCAGCUCAGAACCCAAUUCUCCAAGCAGUGGAAACUCUGGUUUGUUCCUGGGUAUUCCUGAAGAUUAUGUAAUGAUGGUAUUAGCAGCAGUUGUUGCUGUAGUAGCAAUCAUUGCUGUGAUCAUUGUGGUGCGUUGUGCUACAAGACGUCGACACUCAAAAAGAAAUGAUGUGGGAAUGGAUGCUGAUGUAGCAUCUUUACCACCGCCACUACCAUCAGAUUCUAGGCCAAACUCGUUUAUGACUGACGACCUAUCAGAACUCGAGUGCCGACCCCCAGAGCUGCCGUCGUCUCCCAGGCCUGGGAGGCACCACCUCCACCCUCACCUCCACCACAAUGGUGGUGGAGGUGGUGGGUUGGGUUUGGCUGCUCAUCUCACUGACUCUGAGGCCUCGUGGCCUCACGACGCCUCCCGUGAGGUGUCACCAGCAGUGCCUCAGUGCAAGGUGACGCCCCUAUGCACAGACACAGCGACACGUGACCCUCCUUACGACCCACACCUGGCUGGCUAUCCCUACGGUGUGGACACUCAACAGGCAGAGGAGUGGGGGCUUUAUGAGAAGCAUCAGCCCAGGACAACCAACCCCAUGCUCAGGAAGAACCAGUACUGGGUAUAGAACAAAGCAAGGUGGGCAAACCACCAAAAAUGUAAUUCAUAGCACAACAUGAAGCAAUCUUUUUUUUUUACUGUUUAAUGAAGCUAUAAUAGCUAUAGAACCAAUAGCAGAGUAUGACCCACAACAGUAAAAAUGCUAGAGAAAAUUUAAUGCAAAACUGAACCACCGCAUUAGUGCUAUAAACACUUCUUAUAUCUCAAACACCAAAACAGUGCAGUCUCCAUUGGUUAGUACUGUAAUUGAUUUUACAAGAGUUUUGAAAGUCUACUAAAAUCUCCAUUGAGAAACUGUUUGGCAGUGGACAUCCUAACAAUUGUUUCAAGUAACAUUUCUUAGGUGAUAUAUUUCACUUUGCCACAAUUGUACUAAUUGAAAAACUGUUUCUGGACAUCACAAUAUAUGUGACUAAGAAACUGAAAUGCAUUUUUCAGUGCCAAAAGUCUGUGAAUGCUGAGAAGUUUUUGAAAACAAAAAAAGUGUUAGAAAUGGAAAAAUUAACCUGUGAAAAAAUCAAAGCAAGUUACAAUAUGGACAAUUUAUAUACUGUAUGCAACUCAGAGGUAUUACUCAAAAGGGUAAAUUACAAGGACAGUGUGGAUUUUUUUUUAUGAAAUCCCUGAUGUUGCUUUGCUCAGGAAAUAUUUAAACUUUGAUUCUUAGGAAGCCGCUCAGAAGCACAAAGUCUGCGCAUAAUUUGAUGAAGAACUGUGAAAAUUUGAUCUGCAGUGAUUUCAAACUAAAGAGUGUGCAGACCUUGAGCCAGAGUCUGUGCACACUGAACCAAUAGUCAUGUAGCCUUAGAGUUCUUGUGCCCCAGGUUGCUACAAAGAGCUUGAACUUAUAUAAAUAAUAAGAUGUAUGACGGAGUUAAGAGACACACAGAGGAUUAGUGUGUCCAUCUUUGGCAUUUACUGAGCUCUGCUUCAAUAAGUUCGGCCUUUUAACUCCAGAUGGAAAUGCCAUACCAUGUUCGUCUAGAUUUGUUGAGUCUUCUCUUAAAAUGGAGCUAUGCAGCCUGUAUUUCCUAUGAGGUCUUGCAGUACACCAUUUCAAAAGUUGAACAUUUCAUAGAUGCCCAAAAGUACUGUAAGAGUCAUGAUAUAUUUUGAUUGUGAUUAUCCCAUCAAGUGCAUUACAGGUAGGAGUUUCGUUGAAGCUUUUUAGGGAUCUAAUAAUACACUGUUUACUGUAACCCUUUGGAAAAUUAUAAAAUGGUGAUUUUUUUUAAUAAUCAUAAAUAUUGU